CCAAGACAAUGUUGUCGACUUCUAAAUUAUUUCGAUUUUCAGUUUUAAAAUUUUCCCAGAAUUCUAGCAUUUGUUCUUCAGGAUUUACACUUGUAUCAGAUGAAGGAAUCUUCCUGUUUGGCCUGAAUCAGCAACUCUAUUGGGAAAUUCAUUACCGUUUCAACUUCUAAACCUAAUUAAUCAUUCACUUUUGCCUGAAUGCUAAUAGAAAUAGAUCUUUCAAAAUCUUUACUAGGAGAAAUUGGAAUUAAACACCAAAAUGAGAUAUGGAAACAGCCAUUUCCAAAUGGAGAUGCUAGAGAUACAUAUUUAUAAGAACCAGCAGAUGAAUGAAUAUCUGCAUUCCAAGGCAAAACGAACAAAGAAGGUUGGCAUUGUUGGGAAAUAUGGUACAAGGUAUGGUGCUAGUUUAAGAAAGCAGAUCAAGAAGAUGGAAGUGAGCGAGAAUUCCAAGUAUUUCUAUGAAUUCUGUGGCAAGUUUGCAGUGAAGAGGAAAGCAGUCGGGAUCUGGGAAUGUAAGGAUUGUGGGAAAGUUAAGGCAGGUGGUGCUUACACAUUAAAGUAAGUACCUAACGUAGGCCAUUUUUUGCACAUAGAGACUAAUCAAAAUGGUUCUAAAUAAUUUGACAUUUACAUGCUGGUUUAAGUAGUUAUAGUUUAGAUAAUUUGUUGUGUAAUCCUGCCUAGCAUUGGCUUUUGAAUCCAUUAAAAAAAAUGGAUUUAUAUGAUUUCUGAAGGUAAUGUAUCUUUAAGGGCAUACUAAUUUAGAUUUGCACAUAAUGAAAGUUGUCUAAAAUUAGUUAAAAGAAUUAAUUUGAUCUUAGUUUUGUUAGAAUUC